UUACUUUAAUUCUAUAUAUUAUGUGCUAAAACUAUCAGCUGGUAAAGGAUUAUAAUUAAAUAUUUACAAAACUAAUUGAAUAGGUCGAGUUGACAAGAAUCGAAAGUGAAGCCAUACAUUGAUACAAUGCAACAUGCGGAUGUGAUUUGUUACAACUGUCUUUAAUUAUACACAGAAAGGUUUUUCAUACAGAUUCCAAGUGAAAUAAUAUCGGUACUUAAGUAUGAAAUGAAAUUUAGGGCCGUUUACUUUGCUGUGAAUGUUAAUCACGCAAUCGUGUACUCGUUAUUUUGACAAUGCACGCCGGAAAACGAGCUCACUUCAGGAAACGGGAACAUAUUCAAAUGCCAGCAAACUUGUGAUUCUACCAUGUCAAUUUUUUAUAUUAUAGAUCAUUUUGUGAGUAAACAGUCUUCAAAAAGGAUAGUGCAAGUGGAAUAACUUUUGAAACUAAGCGGGAAUCGUAAAGUGCCUUAGUGUAGGAGGCGAUUCUUUUUUUCCACACAUUUUGCAUCGAUGACAGCAGGCAGAUUCUGAGCACAGGCCCCUCAACCUAUCAAAUCACUUUCUAUCAGAUCACACACUUAUAUUGGCGUGAAGGUCAACAGACAUAGAAAAGCCCCAUAGAUCAAUGAAUGCGUGAUUUGAAUCGGGUUUUCAUCGCUUGCCACAAAGUAUAUACAUGCACAGACGACACACAAGAUGAAGCCAAUUGCUUCCCUUAAAUGGAGCAACAAGCAACAGCCAUUUAGCGAAGUUCUCGAGAAAUACGAAGUUCCGAACUUGGUUCGCGUUCACGAGGGACAUUACAGCAUGAACGAUGCGUGUUGCUUUGAAAGCGAUCAGCUUCUGAUGUUACACGCAACGCGUACGAAAAAGAGCUUCCUGGCAAAGAAUUCCGUUGGUAGACGUAUAGCUAUACCAGAACGGUGCAAGAGUAAGCUGUUAGUGUGUCCUCUAUCGACAUAUUAUGGAAGCGAUCCUAUAUUUGCCUCCGAAAUGUCGAAUAUCUAUCCUGAUGUGAAAUAUUUCCGUGUUCUAGAAAAUACUAGCAUCGUCGACAAAGAAGUUAAAAGAUUUUUUGAGCCAGAAUCCAUCUUGGAAGUCGCCUUUAUUGACUCGGUAAACUCCCAGGUGAAAUUCAAAGAUGUUGAGCAACCCCUAUCGUUCAGUUGCCGCAUAGUCUUUGAAGCAUUGUUGGAUUAUCGUGAAUACACUUUGCAAAAAGCUGCAAGAGUGUUCCGCUUGCCAAUAAAGGUGCGGUUUUUACCACAAAGUGAUGAGGGACAAAGUGCAGAUAUGAAUAACGAUUUUGAAAUUAUGGCCUCUAAUCUUGGAAUGGUAACGAUUUGUGAUCUUUCAAAACCGGAGCUUGUUGUGGUUGUAACAGAGUUAGAUGCAACUGAUCUAUGUUCAACUUUGGCUAGGUCCACUGUGAAAUGCUUGCAAAUAUCGAAAGAUUGCAAGCUGAAUGUUUCUGUUGCAAAAGGACUCAUAAAGAACGACUCCGAUUAUCUGAACAUGCUUCAUGAUUUUAACAAGGCUUUUCUCUACAAAUACGAUAUGAAAGGUUUAAAUGAUUUCGACAAAUGCUAUUAUCUGAAUGAUGGACACACCAUACCAGAAAUAACCGCUUCUGUUUUGACGUCAAAGAUUUGUCAAUCGAGGCGACCGGGACGUAGAAAAAGUGAUUCAACAGUUGAGUCGCCAUUGGGUUGCCAUGACUACGAAAGUAUUGCUUACGUUGAAGCACCAUGUGAUGAUGACGGGUAUGAACUUGUAGAUCACGUGAACAUCACGCGACAAAGUUAUGCCAAUAUGGAGGCACUGGACGAUGCUUUUGUGAUGUCACAUGACUACAUGGACAUAGACGACAUUACUGAUAUGGCGUCAUGGUGA